GCGAGUUCCUUAGAAGAGAUUGCGAGGGCGUUUGUCGAAACAUAUGAGGAAAUGAAGGCUACACCUUCAGUAGGGAGUUAUACUGAACAAAUAAUUAGUCAGCUGCCAUGCAAUGGAAGAUAUUCCUCCCGCAAUCCAGUCAGAGUUACCUUCCUGGCAAAUAAAUGGGGAUGGUGUUGGGAUUCUUGGAGAUUCAACUCAGUCCUUGCAAAAGAGUUGUCCAAACAACUGGCAAAAUUCCCUCAUGUGAAAGUCUCUUUCUUAGUCCCUGAAGGUUCAUGCAAAAGAAUUGACAAGAUAGAUGCCAAAAGUCACAAUGUUACCAUUGUUGAAGCAAAAAAGCAACCUGGAUUCCAAGAUCCUAAUGAGUGGCUGUUCUUCCCACCAAAAUAUCUCACUACACACAUUGUAAUUGGUGUGGGUGUGGGACUUUGCAAAAUGGCGCAAAUAUUUAAGGAAUAUCACCACUGCAAAAGCAUUUUUGUUGGUUGGGAUUCUUUUGAAGAAAGCCUCUGUAGAAAGAGCAAAUUAAGAAAUGCUCUUGUUAAGGUUGAUUGUGAAAUAUUGGAAAGAAAAAGCAAUCUUCAACCUUUAAUGGAAAUGGCUGAUUGUGUAGUUGCAAAAGGACCAAAGAUGGCAGAAGAACUUUCCAGAUUCCUCUCUUAUCAGAAGAAAAGAGUUUUUAAGUUCACUCCAGGUAUACUCAGUGAAUUUACUGAUAUCACACAAACCACUGAUGAUAGGAAGAAGUUUCAUAUCCUGAUUGCAGGACAUGACAACCCCAGCCAUUUUGAAAAAGAGGGACUUAAAGUUGUUGCUGAAGCAGUUGCUGGGUUGAAGGAGGGAUCCUAUAAGAUUAUUUUUGUUGGUGCUGCUGAGGAAAAAGAAAACUUUGAGAAAUUUGUUGAGGAAUUUCAUAAAUGUGGUGUUCCCAAACAUCAGCUGAUCAUUCAAAGCCCUCCCAAAGAUGAAGAAGAGUUGAAAAGGUGGCUCUGUGAAGCAGAUCUUGCCAUCAUGCCCUCAGCUGAACAAGAAUUUGGAAUGUUUGGUCUUACAGCCUUGUCAUCUGGCCUCCCUAUCCUAGUACACGGUGCAUCAGGACUUGGUGAAGCCUUGACAGAUGUCCCUGGUGGUUCGUCGUUCAUUGUGGAGUCAGAGGAUGUCAGUGAGUGGUCCAAGGCAAUUAAGAAGGUCAGGGACAAGGGGAGGACACUACGGCUUAAGGAGGCUGAUUCACUGAGGAAAGAUUACAAUGAGGUGUACAGUUGGGAGAAACAGUGUGGAGCUCUUGUUGAGAUGGUCUCUGAUAUGAUUUUCUUUUAUGUGACUUGCAUGUGUUGGCUAUACAGUCAUAUAGCAGUUGUCAAACUCAGCAAGACAAGACUCAGUAACAUGGAAUCUGAGUGA